GACAGGGGAACAUCGCUAGAUAAAGUAAAUGAAGUAUAAUUUGUUCUUAAGCUGUCAACAUAGAUAAUAGGUUGUCAACGUUCGACUAUAUUCGUGGCUCAUCAUGGUGUGACAGCUUGAAUUGGCUGUUAUGUGGUUAUGGUAUCAUUGAUAUUGUUCUUUUAUUAUUUUCAGUUAUUUUAUCAGACUGCUUAAUAAAUUUAUCAUUCACCCAUUCAUCGCAAUUGAUAUUUGAUCAUAUUUCUGCAUACAGUAGAAACAAACCAAUUUAUUUAAAAUGUAAAUUGAUUUAAAAAUGUCGAAGGAGCUAACAAUCGUAUUUGUUUAUAAUACUGAUUUGGUAAAGCAUGAAUAUGAUGAUCCAGCUUUAGCAGUUGUGUAUUUUUGCCCUUCAUGGCUCUCAGAAGAGAAGAAAACAACUAUUUGUGGUCAAAUAAUAGGAACUACUCACUUCUUAAAAUCUGUAUUUGGACAAACUCAAAUAAUUUCCCUUGAGAAUGGAAAGUUUUGUAUCAAGGAGUUUGGAAAAUUUAUUAUGGCAGUUGGAAUUGAUCGAAAUGUUCCUAAUUGGAUUUUGGAAAAUAAAGUAGAAUUUUUGUCAAACUUAAUAGGAAUGUUCCAUGUUAGCUUUGAACAUAUGUCAACUUUUUAUAAGGAUACUCAGACUUUUGUUGAGAAACUGCAUCAAAUGUUUGAAUCCUGUUUGAAAUAUUUAAAUUUAGAUACAUUUGCUUAUAAACUUCCUGAUUUAAAUCAAUCUAGAAUAUUUAAUUCGUAUAGUUUAGAAGCUCAAAAGUUUUUAAAUAAUUGUCUUGAAACAAGAUAUGUACUGGCAGGACUGGUUCAAUGGAAUAGCAAAUUGCUCGCUACCCAACUUAAUUCGUUACUAACAAAGUGCCUUCUUAUAACAAAUGCAACUAAAACCAAACUUUCUGCUGAAAGUAUUAUGACUGAUUUUCAGUGUCCAAGAAACCUUCAGCUUCUUCAAAUAUAUGUAAACAAGGAAGAUUAUGAAGAAAUUCUUCAAGAGUCUAAAUCAUACAAAGGUUCCCACUGUAAAAACAGUAAUGACAAAAAAGAAUUUUAUAAAGGAUUUACAACCAAAUUAUUCGAUGAAUGGAACGAUUAUGAUUAUUAUAAACCAACACAUUCUGUUGGCAUUAAUGUACAUGAUUACUUAAAAAAUGGCUUGACUAAGACGUUCUCUAGUUUAGUUGACCUUGAAAGAAUUUCUAAUAACGCAAUAACGUUAAAUAAUGUUAACAAAAUGUACAGUGGACGUACUGCCAAAUCACUUUGUGAUCCCAUUAAUCCAUUUAUGAGUGUAAAAGGAAUUGCCAUAUCUAAAAGUAUGUACGAAGACUGUUUUCAUCACGGUUAUUUUAAAAAACUUGAUAUAAGAAGAGAAACCUUCAAUGAAAUAAAUACACCUUGUGAAGAAAACAACUGUGAUAAAGAUGAUGGAAGUUCUAAAUAUUAUUGUAAUAAAACUUUCGGUUUUGACGAUCUGAAGAGCGAUUUGUUAGUACAUCAUUCUGGAAAUCAUCAAGUACCUGAAAAAAGCAUACAACAAUGUACUAAGUUAGUACAUAAAACGCUUCUAGAAAACGGAGAAUGGAAUGGUUUGAAGGGACAGCAAAAGAAAACUCAAAAUACAAAGAUUGAAAAAUAUGAUUUUAAAGAGUGUGUGUUGUUUCUUUUAAAUUUGAAAGAUUUAUCUAUUAACUUAUUUCUUGAAGAUGGAGCUAGUGAUUCUCCAGCUAUUAUAAGUCGUUUGUACGAGCAAUGUAUACUAUUUGCUGAAGAGUUAUCAGGACAGUUAGAAAAUUUUGGUGAUGAUGAAAACUGCAGUGAAAAUAGCAGUUCAAGUCAAGAACCAUGUAGCUACCUUCUUACGAACCAUAAAUGGGAAUAUGUACACGAAGGGGGUUUAAAAGAGAAUAUUGAUUUAAAUACCAUAACUAAGAUGCACGAAUGCUUUAUCAAUGAUGACGAAAUUGCUGAUAUAGUUCUUAGAACUGAUAAAAAUGUAACAUAUGGACAUCAAAAUGAAGAUAAAGUCGUCUACUACCAGCUAGCGAACAAUAUUAGUGGUGGAGCACCUUCCUCAACUGAUUGUAUGGCAAAUAUAUUUGGAAAAGCACGCAGGCAUUUAUCACAAACAUCUAGAACUUCGAGCUUGAAUCUAACUUGAUUUAUUAAUUUCAGAUUAAAAGACAAAAAUUAAUUUUUGUUUUUAACUAUUUAAAUUAUUAAAAGAAUUUGUGUGUUCUUUGCAGUAUUCUAUAUAAGGUUUAUGUAGCAUUUAUUGUGGCUGCAGUAUUGAAGAAAAAACAAUUAAUUUAUUAUGUAAGAUUAAGUAAUCGUUUGAAUAAACAAUUUAGUAACAUGAAA